AGCUGUGGAGCCAGAGAAGACUGUGCGCACUUCUCUCCGCACUCAUCCCGCAGCAGCACAGCUCCCUUGGUCCUUCUGCUCUCCUUGUCUCCACUCGGAAGAACCGGCCAUGUCUCGGCAGUCAACCUGCAGAAGCUUUGGAGGCGGAAGCAAAAGGGGAUUCAGCUCUUGCUCUGCCGUUGGUGGUGGCUUUGGAGGAUGUGGGGGCAGAAGCAGAAUCAGCUAUAGCUCGUUCUCCACAUCCAGGGGAUUUGGAGGCAAUGGACGUUGUGCAGGUUUUAGCAGCAGGAGCCUCCAUAACAUGGGUGGCAACGGAAGGAUUUCCAUGGGUGGCUCUUUUGGCGGUGGAUAUGGAUGUAGAAUUGGUGGCUUUGGUGGAGGCUUUGGAGGAGGAUUUGGCGGCAUUGGAGGAGGUAUCAUUGGUGGAGGAAUAGGUGGCUUUGGUGGCCCUGUGAGAGGUGGCCCUGGGUUCCCUGGAGGCAUCCAACCGGUGCAGGUUGACCCAACCCUCCUGCGGCCAGUCCAUGUUGAUAUUGACCCUCAGAUCCAACAAGUGAAGUGCCAGGAGAAGGAGCAGAUCAAGACUCUUAACAAUCAGUUUGCCUCUUUCAUUGACAAGGUCCGCUUCCUGGAGCAACAGAACAAGGUCCUGGCCACCAAAUGGGAGCUGCUCCAGCAGCAAGGACCAAUGGGCCCAAGGAAGAACCUGGAUGUCAUCUUUGAAAACUACAUCCAGAACCUGAGGAGGAGGCUGGAUUCCCUCCUGGGACAGAGGGGGCAGCUCGAGUCGGAGCUGCAGAACAUGCGGCAAUACGUGGAGGAGUACAAGACCAAGUAUGAAGAAGAAAUCAACAGGCGCACUGCUGCUGAGAAUGAGUUUGUGGUGCUCAAGAAGGAUGUGGACUGUGCCUACAUGACUAAAGUAGAGUUGGAAGCCAAGGUGGGAGCUCUGACCGAUGAAAUCAGCUUCCUGAGGUGCAUCUAUGAGGAGGAGCUGGCUCAGAUGCAGACCAUCAGCCGAGACCUGUCCGUGGUGGUGUCCAUGGACAACAACAGGCACCUGGACCUGGACAGCAUCAUCGAGGAGGUCAGGCGCCAGUACGAGCAGAUCGCCCAGAACAGCAGAGCUGAAGCUGAGGCUUGGUACCAGAGCAGGUAUGAAGAGCUGCAGAGCACUGCUGGAAGGCACGGGGACAGCCUCCGCAACACCAAGAUUGAGAUCCAGGAGCUGACCAGGAACGUGCAGAGGCUGCGGACUGAGAUCGAGAACGUCAAGAAGCAGAACCAUCAGCUGCAAUCAGCAAUUGCUGAGGCCGAGGAGCGGGGUGAGAUGGCCCUGAAGGAUGCCAGGAGGAAACUGGAAGAGCUGGAAUGUGCCCUGAGCAAAGACAAGGAGGAGCUGGCUCGCUUGCUGAAGGAAUACCAGGAGCUGCUCAACAUCAAGAUCGCGCUGGAUGUUGAGAUUGCCAUGUACAGGAAGCUGCUGGAAGGAGAAGAGAACAGGCUCUGUUUCGAUAACCCAUCCAACGUCAAUGUCUCUGUGGUAGGCAAAGGCUCUGUGGUUGGAGGCAGACCCUGCGGCUUCAGCCCCAGCAAUGGCUUGGGAGGAGGAGUGUGCGUGGUGGGAGCACCAACCAUCAUCGGAGGCAACUGUGGCUUGGGAGGAACCAUCCUCACCAGCGGCUUCUCCUCUGGAAGUGGGAGGAUUUGCAACCCUGGAGGUGGCAGCUUCAUGGCCGGGGCUGGAUCCUCCUCGGUGCGCAGAUGCGUCAGCACCACGAGUCAAAUCCUCGGGUGUCAAAUACUGAGCCCUGCCUUCAGUCCCCGCAAGGAAAGCAGCACCGUCCCCUCCCUGCAGCCUGCAGCACAGCCCCUGCCACCCUCACCGGUGCCCAGCAAUGAACUGGUCCUCCUAUAGCUCAGAGCAUCUUUAAGUCACCCUGCCCAAGGUGGGGGGGUCUGCAGUGGAACCCAGCUCCUCUCGGAGCCCCACCAGCUCCAGGGGUGGAAGAUCUCCCCUAUGCGUUCCAGCACCCAUCUGAGCAUCCCUCGCCACGCUUCUUGCUGCUGUCCCCCCCACCCCGGCUGCUGCUGUUUUUGAGGAGGAGUGCGUUAAAAAUGGCUCUUUCCUGUCACUUUUCAAGGUCUCUUUUUCAAUGGCCGCGUGUCGUGUCCUGCAUGUCACCCACAUGCUUGUUUCAGCUCUUAUCAGGCGCUCAUGUGAGCAGGAGAAACGUGAUAACGUCUCAUAGUCAGAGUUGGGAGUGAGAAAUGGGUCUCUGAGGUGUCCACCUCACCUUGGUGGAGUAAUUUGGCAGCUUUAAUGUUUUAUAGAUCCCUUUCCCUCUUCUUCACGCCUGACGUAUGCACGGCCUUAUUGCAGCCCUCCUGUUGCGUGAGCCCUGCUGCAUGGCUGCUUCCUGCCCGCACCCCUCUCCUCCGAGUUCUCCAUUACCAAUAAACCGCAGACAGAUGAAAAGA